AUGCUGCUUCCACGACUUCUACGCACCGCCAAUGGUACCACUCGCUCUUGCAAGCAAUUCCUGCAGAUAGAGACACGAACACGCCAGCUAAGGCCGUUCUCAUCGCAAUGGAGGUUACAGCAGCAGCUAGUAGAGGACGAUCUUACACACUUGCCGAACAUUGACCCUUCGAAGCUUGAGGUCACCAAAUCCAUAACUCCCAAACAGCUCGUGCCGAAUCAGGAUCUGGUGUUUGGAAGAAAUUUCACAGAUCAUAUGCUUUCUAUCGAAUGGACAGCGAGUCAGGGUUGGCUUACACCUCGAAUAACACCUUACCAGAACCUUUCUCUUGAUCCUGCGACCUGCGUGUUCCACUAUGCCUUUGAGGCUUUCGAAGGCAUGAAAGCUUACAGAUGCCCUCACGAUGCCUCGCUCCGUCUCUUUCGCCCAAACAAGAACAUGCAGCGUCUCAACAAAUCCGUCGCACGAAUUGCACUUCCUACCUUUGAUGGCGAUGCGCUGAUCGAGUUGAUCUCCGAAUUUUGCAAGCUCGAUCAGCGUUUCAUUCCGAAUGAAAAAGGAUAUUCCCUAUAUUUGAGACCAACGAUGAUUGGUACACAGAGAACCCUGGGGGUAGGCCCGCCAGGAAGCGCGCUGCUGUUUGUUAUCGCCAGUCCUGUUGGCCCAUACUAUCCUACAGGCUUCAAAGCGAUCAGUCUAGAAGCUACAGACUAUGCUGUACGUGCGUGGCCUGGUGGUGUCGGUGACAAGAAGCUUGGUGCUAAUUAUGCGCCUUGCAUCGUGCCACAGCUGAAAGCUGCAAAGAGAGGAUUCCACCAGAAUCUGUGGCUAUUCGGCGAGGAGGAGUUCAUCACUGAGGUCGGAACGAUGAAUUUGUUCGUCUGCGUCAAGGACAAGCAAACUGGUCAGAAAGAGUUGGUCACCGCACCACUUGACGGAACCAUUCUCGAAGGUGUAACAAGAGACUCCGUGUUGGCCCUAGCAAGAGAGAGGUUGGAGCCUCAAGGCUGGAAGGUCAGCGAGAGAUAUCUAAGAAUGAAGGAUUUGGCCGAGGCAGAGCAAGAAGGGCGUCUACUCGAAGUCUUUGGUGCUGGAACCGCAGCUAUUGUCAGCCCAAUAAGAAAGAUCUCCUGGAAAGACCAGAUGAUCGGAUGUGGUCUGAAAGAGACAGAGGAAGCUGGUGAAAUUGCUCUAAAGAUGAAAAACUGGAUAGAGGCGAUCCAGUAUGGAGACGAGGCGCAUGAUUGGAGUUGGAAGAUAUGA